AUGGUCUCUGCUUAUCGAGCUGAUGCCUUGCGCGACCCAACUGCAGAGCUGAAGGAGCUGUUCGCCGCGCAUUCGACUGUGCAGGACUUUGCCUCACAGGUAACAAGGCACUUCUCGAGUGUGUUCAGUUCAGAUGGAGCAUUUUCCGAGAUUCCAACAUUAGACGUGCGAAACCCGCCAGAGUCGUAUCGCGACAGGUCCCUCGUCCGCUUCCGAGCGAUGGUUCAAGACACGUCGCCUUCGCCCGGAAUGUAUUUGCGCAGAAAAGCGUCAGGCUCCCUUGGAGGGUGGGGGCUACAUGAAGACACUCCCGGCGAUGAUGAUCAGAAUGUCGAUGUCAGCGAAUUGAGAGAAUGCACCACGGUCUGGGCCGUCAGUAUACCUGGAGAGUCAGACUGGUGUUUCGAGGAGCUCAGCGGUCCAAGUGAACAAAGCCCACAUGUCCAUGUACCAUUGAAGUCGUAUAAAUACCCCGACCAUGAAGGUUCCCAUGUGGGCGUGCAAGUGAAGCUCUACGACCUGGACGCGGCAGAACGGCUAAAGUCAGCGGACCUUGCAACUUUUGUCGGCAUUUUAACGAAAGAGCCGAUGGAUAUCGAAGCCGAGUCUCCCCCAGAAGUUCCAACCCUUCAUGUGCUUUUCACCCGGCCUCACGAACGUUCGUUAGUUCAAAGACCGUAUCCUUCUGCCAGUUCUCUUUCGGUUCGUGAAGAGUUAGUUAACUGGAUAGCAUUAGAAGCCCUUGGAGGAGAUGUUGACGCAGCUGAAUGGAUUCUUCUUGCAAGCAUCGCGAGAGUUCAAUCACGAAAUCCACCCCUUCUCCCUCCCUCCGUCACACUGUUCCAGUUUCCUUCUCCGCCUGUCCCCUCGUUGGCAGCUGGAUCCGAGGACCAGACCCCAAUACUCCCCACACCUGCUCUAUCUCACGUCCUCUCACUUUUACUGCCUCUCGCUCAAACGCUUCCACUGUCACUGGCGACUCUUAACAAGGUCCCUUUCUCACCCGAAAGCAAGGAUGAAGACCUCCACUCAGGUGCUCUGCAAUUACCUCACGGCUCCAUGCUGCUGGUCACGGAGGGAGGAGUCAGGGAAGGGAAGCUUAUCGAGAGAGGUGUGUCUUCUGUGAAAGCCCAGCCCCUCCCACCACCCCGGCUGACGGUUAAUUAUGCCGGCAACGCAGGACUUGUGAACAUUAACGCACUUCAAGAGGUACUCUCCUCCCAAACUCUCACCUACGCUUUCCCUUUUAGUUCAUUUUCCUUCCCCACCGACAUCGGCUGCAUCAUCCUCACCGAAGGCAAGAAGAGCGCGUUUUUCAAGACCGACAUCUCUGUGCCCUUCCAGCCCAGUUCCUCUCGUCCUACUGACGUCUCGAAUCUGUAUAAGCCUGCGUCAGACCUUGUGCUGCCCGAGGCAGACAAGAUUGCCGCGUUCCGGGAUUGGAUUGUCGGUGCUCAGCACGGGAAAGUGCAGGUCAGCGUCGCAACUUCGGAGGUAUAUCUCAACCAUCGGGUGUUUAGCGGAAGACGCAUCUCAUGA